UCUACCAGUGUAAUGGAGCGGAGAUGUUUUUCUGUAAACCGAAACUGCGAGAUGCGUCUUAUGCAACGCGUCAGGAUCGAUUACUCGGGCGGGAGUCGUCUGCAGUCGUCCACCGAGUCGAUGAUCACGACGAGAUUUCAAUGGCUCGUUUAGUGUUGCAAGUCGAUCCGCGAAUAAUAAUUGCCCGAACGAGCCUGACGUCGCCGAUUCUCCCGAGAAGGUCCGUCAGAUUUAACAGCGUGAUCUCGUGGUACGACGAGAAUGGCAAUCGCGAAAUGAGCGUGUCGCCUGGUAACGAGCAGCAGCCGGUCCUCGAGAUGGAGAAGGCUCCUCUCGAGGACAACUUCAGCCUGAAGGUGUCGACGGUGCAGAACGUGGCACGGCAGGACUCGGGCGUACCAGAGGAUCUCGCGUCGCCGUUGGUCGACGCCGGCAAGCUCCUCGCCGAGGAGGAUUUGGACGGAACGAUGAACAGCGAGUGCAACGUCACCGUGAUCCACGUGACGUCCGAGACAGUUAAGCCCACUGAUUCGACUGUGAACAACGACAGGAAGGAUUACGCCAGUGAAGGGAAAGACAGCAAGGACGGGAGCGACAGCGGCGUGGAGGGCUGCACCGUUGAAGUUCCCAGGGUGCGAAGUCGAAACAGCAUAGAUUACGCGAGCAGCUGCGGCGGUCUCGACGAAGCGUCCUGCGACUCUAGUCUGGUCAGCUGUUGCUCGGUCUACGAGGAUCCAUGCGCCACUCUGCCGGACGACGUGCGCUUGGUCAACGGCGGAGAGGGUACCAGCGAAGGUGGCAGCGAGAGUUCCUCCGUAGCGGGUAGCGUGUCGGCUCGCGCGAAUCGGACGAACGUGAAGAGAACCACGGCCGCUUCCAGCAGCAGUAAAAAGAAGACGAGCGCGGUCGAGGCUCAGAAGUCAGGCGCCAGAACGAAGCCGACGCCGCUGAGUACUCCUUACUCGUCCGCUACUCCCCGUACUAAACCACGUACGGCGACGCCGAGAAACGUUUUGAUCAAAACGCAAGCGACGCCGAGGGACAGAGCGAGAUCCAGGGACAAGUCGGCGGCGAGGGAGACCAACAAUGACGCCGGCACGCCGAGUAGCAGUCGGACGUCGACGGCAUUCCGUUCCGGGACAGCCUCCAUACCGCCGCGAACGAGAACGAGACCGAUCCCGGAUUCACUGCCAUCCGUGCUCACCACAGAGAUCAACAAGGACCUCGCGCAGCGUGGUGCUCGCGGCCAGACCGGAACCUCCAGGUCCAGGGGCGGGUCUACUACGCGCGGUGCACGCACACCGAGUUCGACGCCGUCCGAAGAGGUCCGUAAACCUUUGCCCACGCCCAGGGUAGUACCUUACACGGGUCGCACGGAACCUCCCCGAGCUUCCAGAACGGACAGGAUGACUUUGGGCGCGGACAACAAAGCUUUGGACGCGUAUGCCACGCUGCCCAGAAGGAACAGAAACAAGAUCGGCCUGGCGAAAGUCGGUGACAAGACAGACAAGACCGCUAGAAGCAGAUCCGGGAGCAGAGACGCCAGUUUGAGCAGGCAGGCUGAGAAGAGGAGCGGCGGCGCGAGGGAAAUCUCCGGGCAGAGAUGUCUGCCGCCGUAUCCUAAACAUAACAAGACGGCCGAGAGGACGCGUAUUUAUCACGAGAUUAGUGUGCAGACUGGUUUGACCGGUGACGACAUCGAGAACGCAUUGUCCGGUGUACCGAGCGCCGUUCCCGGGCCGGAUGUGGUCGAGAGGCUGCACGAGGAGUGUCAAACGGAAGGCACGUGGGAGGAUCUGCAGGCGAUGCAGUGCGACUUGAAACGUUUGAACGAAGAAACCUCGAGUCGAAAGGAGGAGAACGAGAAGCUGAGAGCCGAGAUCGACCAAGUGAAGCGUCUUCUCGAGGAAGAGAAGGCCGAUCACGCGUUCGCGCGACAGGAAUUGGAUAGAAACGCGCAACGCGUACUGGCGAUGCUGGGAACGCCGCAAUCGGAACACGCGGAGGGCAGCGACAGUUUCCUGGAGUUGGAGUGUCACUUACAAUCGUCCGGGCAAGUGGUCGCCAAUCAACAGUUGGAGAUAGCUGACUUACAGUCCCUUUGUCGCAUGUUGAGCAGAGAUCUGGAGAAGAGCCUAGCUGCUCAGAAAGCGUUGCUGCAACAGCAGCAGGAGCUGGAAGCGGAGUCCGCCGAGAUGCAAGAUUUUCUCCAGGAAGAGAAAGCUUCACUGGCAGAAUCGCUGAAAGAAGCCGAAGCAGAGCUUGCGAAGACAGAGGAAUUGGUGAGAAAACGAGAGCUGGAAUUGGAGAGACAAACCGAAGAGUGUAAACACUUGGUACGAAUCAGCGAACAACGAAGACAAGAAAAUUUAUCUAUGAGCAUGAAGUUGAACGCGGUGGAACGGCGAAGCAGAGAACUGUUGCUUACACAAGGUGCGGCUGUUUCCGGAGCUGCGGUCGCGCUUUCCGGUCUCGGAACACGGCUCGAAGGAUUGGUGGAUCAACUGAUCACGUCCUAUAACAUCUCGGUGAAAGACCUCGAGGACGUGAUAUAUCACAACGAAGCGUACAGUAGGAGCAACAGCAGCAUCGAGUCGAGUCCUGUCAGCUCUAAGCACAGUCUGAAGGAAUGUACACCUAGUCCGAAGAGUGGUUCGUUCGUCUCUGCGGUGAUCGGAGCUAUCCGGAACGCAGCGACGCAUCCUUUCGCUGCGAGAAGCACCGAUAAGAGAGCAACGUUGGAGUCGGCUAAGCAGAUGUACAAAGAACUGAGCAUGGAAUCGUCGUCUGACCUGCUCGAUUUCGAGACCGAGCCUUGUCUGAUGAUGGAGAGCGUGCUGGAAGACGUUCCUUUGCCCGACACGUACUCGCACAACAUGGUAUCGAGCAGCGAUUCCCUUCGCCGAGCUCUGAGCUUCCCGGAAACCGUCGACGAGAGCAAUCUGAAGAAGACGCGCGCCAACGAAGAAUGUUCGAGUCUUACGAAUCUCACCCAAGCCAUUUUACAUCGUCGCAAAGUCGAGAACGAGGAGGACGACGACUGCGACUCGAUAAGCGAAUCCGACACCGGCACGAACGACGGUCCGCUCGCCUCGGACUAUUGUCCCGCCGCCGGCCUCGUGGACCAAGUGAUCGACGUGGACAACCUUGUCACGAAAUUAUUGAAAGUGCUGCGAAUUAUACAGCUCGACAACGACACGUGCAUACAGGAGCUGAAAGAGGAGAAGUCCGAGUUAGAAACGAAGUUGGAGACGAUGAUAGCGGAACUGCAGGAGCUCCGUAAAACCGUGGAGAAUCUGCAUCGGUCCGACGAUAUCCUGACCAAUACGUCGGACAGAAGACGUAGCGUGAUGGAGAACUGUCGCCUUCUUAUCAAAGAGGCGGGUAAGGAGGAAUUAACAUUUGACGAGCCCGCAGUUGCUAAUAAUAGUGGCCCCGGAGGAGUUACAGACUGCGAGGAUCUCAACGCGAACGCAGCGGCCCAUCCUUCUUCCUAGAUCGGUGUCCGUCUUUUCAUUCUUCGUUUCGUUCCUCAACCCCAACCCCACCCCUUCACUCUUUGUUUUUUGGCAAUCGUCAAAGGCCAUUUUACCGGCGAGUGGUGCCGCUGUGAUUAGACGUCAGCAUUUUAAUUUCUGCUUUUGCAUCGAACUCGUCCAUCGGUUUCUCGCGUCCGUCGCGCCGGCGUGGCAAAUACUCGCGUGCGCGUUGCUUCGAUACGUUUAGUUUCUGAGAGACAUGUAAAUAGUAAUAAUAACAAUAAUAAUUAUAAUGAUGAUCAUGAUGAUAGUAACAGUGACGAGUCUCCGUUCGUAAUUGCGAAGCUAAAUUCUGCAUAGCCUGUAAUAUUCAGGCGUGGUUUCAACAUAGUCGUUCCGAGGUACUCAUUCGUCAUCCGUCUAUGAGAACUAGUAAUUUCAACAAUUAUCGUUUCGCGUUAUUAUCACCGUUAAAUCGAUAGCUAGUUAUUUCGCGUUAUAAAACUGAUUGAGAUUAAUCGCUUUUAAAAAAGAAGAUAGAUAAAUGAAUGACGUAUAAUUAAUUGUAUUAACUAAUGAACCGUCUUCUCUUUCCCACCGGAUCACGUUUUAUCGUAUUAGUAGUAGUAACGAAUCAUUUUCUCGAGAGUAUUAAGUCUUGAUGCAUUCUUAGCGAGGACAGUGACCAGGUUUUCGCAUACGUCGAAGAAUUCGUUCGUCGAAGUUCAUUUUUCUCGUCGAUUUGAACGACGAGAGAAACAGAAGUAUCAACAGGGUACGCUAGUUUUACGACACACGUUCACGCGAGGAUCACAUUGGCAUGUACGAAUCAUUCGAGCCGAGCGAUACUGUGUCCGAUGUCGUGUCCGGGAAUACUUUUCGUUCGAACGUGAUUAUUCACCGAUAGAAUUUAUCAAAAAUUAUUCCCGAGUAUCGUAACGAGAAUGGGAAAACAGAACACGUCGUAGGCGGAAUUGCUUUCUAUUUUAACGAUGAGAUAUAUUUAAAGGACAUAUUCUUGUACACGCUUCUGUGAGUCACAAUUUAUCCGUCGUGUAAUUUUUCGAAAACGUUGUGUGUGUAUAUAUAUAUAUGUAUGUAUCUCUAAGCAAGCAUCGAGGAAGCUCGCGUUCUCCUUAACCUAAUUACGUGCUACACUGACUCUUUUCGUAUCAUUUCUCUGCCUACCCCUUUCCUUCUCUCGACGGUAAAACUUGACUCGUGCAUCGUUGUUACGAUUGACGCGAAAGUGGUCGAAUUUCGUUUUCACUCCUUCUCUUCUUUUGCUAAAUAAAAUGAAACGAUUCCACCCGAACGAUGAUAUAUAUUCUGACGAUCAUAGCCCUAAGCAUUUUUUAUACAAAGUAUUGUGAUGAUAUACC